GUGUUAAAUAUUUAAUGAGGGGAUUAAAUUGAAAGCUAUUUAAGAAAGGGGCGGGUCACCUUGACCCUAUAUAAAGCCUGUGUCUUUGGGAGCUGCUCAGUUACUCGCUGAUCUCCGUGGAGUCCAGGUCUUCUGCCCAAGAUGAAUUUGGAGGGCACUUCAGGUGGCAUACUUCAAAAAGAAUUCUGGAGAAACAGAAUUCAGUAUAACCAGAGUCAAAAGGAUAUCCUCCAAUCAUGGUUUCAACAUGACCCUUUCCCUGAUAAAGCUGCCAGAGAACAACUGGCCAAAGAAAUUGGGGUUCCAGAAUCUAAUAUUCAGGUUUGGUUUAAAAAUUACAGAGUAAAACAGAGAAAACUGGAUUAUAAGUGCUUCUCAGAAAAAGAUCAAACCCAGGGGCAUGACCAGUCCCAGCAUCUGACUCAAGAAUACUUACCUAAAGAAGCCCGACAAAAACAGACAUUCAUCACAUGGAGUCAAAAAAACAGACUAGUGCAAGCCUUUGAGAGGAACCCAUUCCCUGAUAUUGCUACCAGAAAAAAACUGGCUGAACAAACAGGCCUGCAGGAAUCAAGAAUUCAAAUGUGGUUUCAGAAACAAAGAUCUCUGUACCUCAAGAAGAGCAGAAUGGAGCCCGUGAAUUUAUUGGUAGACGACCCAAAUGAGAGACCAGAUGCAACUGUUGGGUGGCAUCCAAUCAACCUGUUCCUCCCCACAGACAGCUCUCAUUAUUUUUUUUGCUCAAAUUCUUCCAGCGGGCACAAAACUCUUCCACCUGUUCUUCCUUCAACCCAGGCUCCUUGGGAUCCCUUCGGGUUCCAUGUGAGCCAAGGACCAAAUGUCAUGAUCAUGCAGCCCACACAGGCUGUGCAGGAAGGAGAGAACUCUGAUCAGCCUCUGAUAAUUCCGAAUCACCUCCUGACACUGCCAAUUCUGACAAAGGACUUAGAUACUCUGACUCCCUUCUGGCUCCACUACCAAGAAGAACACCAAAAUCACAAAGAACACACUGGCUCGGGAGUACCACAGGUCAAGAGCCAUUCUCAGCCUGAACCUGAGCACAGCGAGCAACAACCUCUAAAUCUGGGUCAGUUUGACAAAUCGAACAUUUUGCAAAGGUGGGACGAGAUCUGCCAGGCUCUGCUUGCUGAAUGGGACCCUCUCAAAGGGACACACUGAGACAGACUUGUGGCAGCAGUAGGCACACUCAGCUGAGAAACAUGUCAUCCACUUGGCUAAUUGCCCCAGCAAUAUGUGGAAACCUCAAGCCUUUAGGUCAACUCCUGUAAUGCAGAGUUCUCCAGUAAAAGGUACAACUUGGCCGGGCGCAGUGGCUCACACCUAUAAUCCCAGCACUUUGGGAGGCCAAGGCGGGCGGAUCACGAGGUCAGGAGAUUGAGACCAGCCUGGCCAACAUGGUGAAACCCUGCCUCUACUAAAAAUACAAAAAUUGGCUGGGCGUGGUGGCGCGCGCCUGUAGUCCCAGCUACCCAGGAGGCUAAGGCACGAGAAUCGCUUGAACCUGGGAGGCGGAGGUAGCAGUGAGCGGAGAUCACGCCACUGCACUCCAGCCUGGUGACAGAGUGAGACUCCGUCUCAAAAAAAUAAAUAAAUAAAUAAGUACAACUUGGC